AUGAAGAAGACGGGAAAGAAAACCAAACCAACGGUGGCCGAUCUCUUGAAAACACCGUCGCCGGUGGCUUCACCAGAGGCGGAUUCUCCAGCGAUUUUUACGAGAACGGCUUCCACCUCCAAGGGCGCGAAGAGAGUUGCUCUCGCCACCAGAUCUUCUCCACCUCGCAGUCACAGAGCGCCGAGCAACAUCUCCGACCUCAGAAACUUCGCCUCUUCCGGCAUCGGAGAUCUCAAGCGUCGCAUCGAUCGCUCUCACUCCGAGUUCCUCAAGGAUCUCGAGGCUUCAAACACGCGUCUCCACAAACGCUUCAAGAUGCAGACUCAAGCAUACCAGCAAGUAAUGGAUGAAGCAGAGACGGAAUACAAAAAGGUUUCUGAACGGAUAACGGAAAGCCGAGAUGCAAUGAAGGCUUCUUAUGAGGAGUUCAUGGUAGAAGCACAGGCUAGCGCAUCCCGUGCGUGCAAGACUUCUAUCGUCGAGCUUUCGCAGUCGUUUGAGAAGGCAAUUGACUCUCUACGAAAACGUUAUGGAAUUUCAUCAAAUUAA